CACGUUUUUCAUUUUCCAUUCCUUACUUCCCCACUCUCUCUCUCUCUCUCUCUCUCUCUCUGUGUCUGUCGAUUGGAUUCAAUGAGUUUCCACGUCUUUAUUUAUCUUCAAAAGAGUUCUUAAAUUGAUUGAUUACAGAUUUUAGUUUAGUUUUGUAAUCUUAGAAAUAUGCAACCAGAAGUAAAGUUCAAUUUUUUUGAAUCACUGUUGAGAUGAAAAUGAGAAUGAAAGAGCAGCAGAUCAAUGCGGGUAAUAUGCCAGCAAUCCUCAAACCUCCUCCGCACAACGAAACACUGCAAGACCAUCAAACAACUCCACCAAGUCCACGCCCAAACCAUCACCCGCGGCCUCCUCUCUCUCCAUCCUUCUUCCUCUCUCCUCCUCACCACCAUCCUCCACUCCCUCACCUCCCUCCUCUCCCCCCACUCCCUCUCCGAUAUUCACUACCCCCUCGCCAUCUUCAACCAGAUCAAAAACCCAUCGACUUUCUGCUACAACACCGUCAUUCGGGCCCACACCCUCCUCUCCUCCCCCCUCGACGCCCUCCUCUUCUUCGCCCGGAUGCGCCGCCUCGGUAUCCGUCCCGAUGCCCACACCUUCCCCUUUGCCCUCAAAGCCUGCGGGCUCCACCGAUCGCUUUCGCUGACUCAAGCUCUUCAUUGUCAGUCUGUUCGGUUUGGGUAUUCUAGUGAUGUUUUUGUUGUCAAUUGCCUCAUUAGUGCGUACUCGGUUAUGGGUAGGAUUGACUGUGCGUAUCAGGUGUUUGAUGAAAGUUCUGAUAGGGAUGUGGUUUCGUACAAUGCUUUGCUUGAUGGGUUUGUUAAGGCCGGUGAGACCACGCGUGCCCGUGAAGUGUUUGAUGAAAUGCCCGUGAGAGAUGCGGUGUCUUGGGGGACAGUUAUAGCCGGGUAUGCAAAACUGAACCGGUUUGAGGAGGCCAUUAGAUUGUUUGAUGAAAUGAUCGGUUUAGAUGUUUCUCCGGAUAAUAUCGCGUUGGUUUCGGCUCUCUCGGCUUGUGCGCAACUAGGGGAGCUAGAAAAAGGGAAAACUAUACAUGAGUAUAUUGAGCGGAAGGGGAUCCAGGUGGAUGCAUACUUGUCAACCGGCUUGGUGGAUUUGUAUGCCAAAUGCGGGUGCAUUGAAAUUGCUAAGCAAAUCUUUGAAAUGACGACUGAAAAGGCUUUGUUCACGUGGAAUGCAAUGCUAACAGGGCUUGCUAUGCACGGUCACGGCCAGCUAUUACUUGAUUACUUUUCAAGAAUGGUGAAGGCCAGAGUUCAAUCCGAUGGGGUGACCUUCUUGGCUGUUUUGGUUGGUUGUAGCCAUGCGGGUCUUAUUACUGAAGCCAGACAGUUUUUUGAAGAGAUGGAGUCUGUCUAUGGGGUUUCUAGAGAGCUCAAGCACUAUGGAUGCAUGGCUGAUUUGCUUGGGCGAGCUGGUUUGAUUAGAGAAGCGAUGGAUAUGAUAGAGGACAUGCCAAUGGGGGGCGAUGUGUUCGUGUGGGGAGGUUUGCUCAGUGGAUGUAGGAUACAUGGGAAUGUAGAAAUUGCGGAGAAAGCAGCUGAGCAUGUGAUGGAGAUAAAACCUGAAGAUGGGGGAGUUUAUUCAGUCUUGGCAAACAUUUACGCCAAUGAGGGGCGGUGGGAUGACUUAGCAAAGAUAAGGAGAUUGAGGGAUUCCACUAUGGUCAAGAAGAAUGCUGGUUGUAGUUUGAUUCAAUUGAAUGGGGUCAUACACGAAUUUGUUGCAGGAGAUAGCUUGCAUCCUCUAACUGAUGAGAUAUGCUUUGUUUUAAAUGGUAUUGGACAGCAUCAAUUCGAAGCUCUUUAGGGAAAUUUUGAAUAUAUAUAUAUCUUUUAGUUACUUUUGUUGUUGUAUCAUUCAUGAUUGUGUUAUGAAAAAGAAUAGUAAAAAAAAUGAACUUCAUUCGCACUUA